CGAGACACCAAUUGACCUGCCAUUGCGCACCUUGAUGCCCAGGGAGAUGUCAGAUGCGUGUGCGCAAGUGUUAGGAUGGCUAAGACAGGUCGUGCAACCGCUUUACCAAGAUCCACAGAGAACAUAUGCGGACUCCGCUGCUCUACUACAGAAAUUAAGAUCUCCACAGCCGUCGACAGCGACAUUCACGUUCGAUAACGGACAUUCGGCGCUGUUGCUAUGUUUACGAGGGAACCUCCCCAUUUCCUUCCGCGGCGGAAACUACAACAUCCCUGUCGCUGUGUGGUUACCCCAAUCAUAUCCAAGAGAGGCACCUCUGGUAUUCGUGGAGCCAACUGCCGGUAUGAUGGUGAGAAGAGGGAACUACGUUGAUGGGGAGGGAAGGGUAUAUCAUCCGUGUCUGGCACAUUGGAAUGCGAGUGAUCCGAUGGCGAGUAACUUGGUUGAAACCUCCAAGCAACUCCAAGAAGUGUUCAGCAAAGAACCGCCGGUGUAUGUUAAGCCUCCGCCUGUACCAGCACCAGUACAAGGACAGGUUCAACAACCACCUCCAUCAUCACACGCAUCUCAGCCAGCAUCACCAGCAGCACCAGGUAGACCUGCACCAGCAACCCCAAAUCAAAAUGCGAACCCACCGCUACCACCAAAACCCGGACAACUUCGAUCACCAGCUCAAUCACCCCAAUAUCCGCACCGCGCAGUGCCAGUCCCUCCACCACAUACCAACGGGCAUACCAUAUCACCACCGCCGCGGCCUCCACUACCGCCGCAAAUUCAAUCUCAACGAACGGGUGUUGAUCCACGGUAUGGCCAUGUACCAUCACCGAGUUACGACUGCACCGAGCGACCACAGAUCCAGCACGCACAGACCAUGCCAGCAAGUUACGAUACCAGACCACCACCACCAAUCCCACCCCUACUGGGGCACACACAGGGGUUGCAUAGGCAUGCGACGAUGUCUGGAGCCGGAGCGAGUUUAUCGUAUUCUACUGGGGUUGGAGGGAGACCCAACCCGCUACAGCAUCAACGACCUAUCUCCAUCGCCGCCGUCCCGCAAACCCGACCACAACCACAACCACAGCCACGACCACAACCGGUUGAUCUCUUGUCAUCUGACGAUUUAAUUAGCACGAUGGAAGAGAGAGGCGUAGCACCACCGCCUAAACCACCGAACCCGGAGCAUGCGAUGCUAUUGCAGCAUAUAACCUCGAAACUCGAUAUGUUGGCGAGGGAGUCGUAUGAGAGGACGCAGCGGACGCUGGAGGAAGCGAGGGUACGGAGGGAGGAGAUGCUUGAAGUUGAGAAGGCUCAGCGGGAGGAGAAGGCCGAAGUCGAGCAUUUGGAUGCCUUGGCGGAGCGAAACAUCGCCAUCCUACGUAAAUCGAUCGCAAAAGCCGAAUCCAUAACCACAACAGCCCUCUCCACCCCUCUCCCCGACCCCAGCGCCCUCCUCACCGCUCCUUCCGUUGUCCAUCAACAACUCUACGAACUCGCGGCGGAAGAUGCAGCGAUAAGUGAUACGAUUUAUGUGCUCGGGCGAUGUUUGGAGGGAGAGAGAGUGGGAUUCGAGGGGUUUUUGAGGGAGGUUAGGAAAUUGGGACGGGAGCAGUUCAUGAGGAGGGCGUUGAUUGGGAAGAUUGUGGAGGGGUUGGGAUUGGAGAGGGGUAGUGCUGUGUGACCCAAGCACUAGACAGACCGAUCGGAUCAGAUGUUGGUAUAGUGAAUGAUUUGACAUUCUCUUCAUAGAUUCGUAUAUGACAAUACCCGACUCUGACAUAUGCACCCAGUGGUCCUUCCUUCCCCUCUUUUAGAUGAUGAUACA